AUAGUUAGUCUUGUUAGGGUUUUCAAGAGCACACUAUCCAGCACCAAGCCUUCACCCGGCCCGCCCGCCUGUCGAUUGCGACCGUGAGCUGACCGCUCUUCUUUUCUCAUCCUGCAGUUUGUUGUCGACGGCGAUUGGGUCAUCGAUCACACGGCGCCGCGAGAAGUCGACGAAGGCGGCAACGAGAACAACAUCCUGACCCCCGAGCGCAUCGUUACCGAAGCACCCGCUACGGCCGCCAUUAUGAGCACAGUCUCUCCCGAUUCCACCACCGCCGCCUUGGCCGCGGGCGCGCCGCUAGAGAAGAAGGCCGACGCAGAGGUGCCCGCCGCGGUUCCGCAGGCCCCCGCCUCGGAACCCGAGAAGAGUGGCGAUUUCAGCGUGAACCCGUUCCCUGCUGCCGUCGGCGCCAUCAAUCCGAUCCAGCUUACGCCGGGCGAGAAGAUCCCCGAGAGCCUCACCACCGCAGGUGCCACCGACAACGUCAAGCUAGACCCCGAGUCGUAUGAGAAGAGUGAUGCUCUUCCAGGCGGCCCCCCGGUGAUCCUGUCCUCGGCCGCGCCGGAAUCUACCACGGCUGCGCUGGCGGCGAGCGCACCAAUCGAGACCAAGGUUCCCGAGGUGGUGAAGGAGAGCCAGGAGAAGGCCGGAGCCGACCCCGAGGCUAGCGCCGUCCCCGAAGAGGUCGAGGAGAAGGCGGCCGUGGAGAGUGAGCUUCUCGAGAAGGUGAAGGAGGCACCCGCUGCCUCCGAAGGUACCGCCGGCCAGGGCGCCGACAAGGCCGAGAAAGCUGUCACCGCCGACGAAGCUGCUGACUCGGUUUCGGCCGUGGCCGCAGCUGUGGGCACUGCCGCCGUCGCUGCCGUCGCUGGCGCGGUGGCUGCUAAAGAUACUGUUGUCGAGAAAGCUACAGAGGCUGUCGCUAGCGCAGAAGCUUCCGCCGUCGAAGCAGCCGCAAAGCUUCCCGAGUCGAUUAAGGAGAAUCUCCCUGAGUCAGUUCGAGAGGUGAUCGCCAGCGCGAGCAAGGAGGAGACUCAGAAGGAGGUCUCGCCCGAAGUACCUGCCGAGGUCAAGCAAUCGAUCGCCGAAGCUGGAAAGGAACCGGAGGCCGCGGCGAACACUGAAGCCGUUGAAGAGAAGAAGGCGGUCGAGGCCGAGCUGUUGAAGGAGGUUAAGCCGGCGGAAGCUAACCCCGCUGAGGCCAAGCCAGCGGAGGCUGAAGCCCCCGAGGUCGAAACUGAGCCGACGGCGGCGGUGGCGGGGGAUAAGCCGGCCGCAGAGCCGGCCGCCACCAACGGCACCACCGCUGAGCCAGCUGCCCCAGCUGAGGCAGCCGCAUCCGACUCGGCGGCGAAGCCGACCGAGGCGGCUACCGAGGCCGGUGACAAGGCAGGUGACAGCUCGGGAGCGUCGGAAAAGAAGAAGAGGAAGAACCGACUCAGCGCUAUAUUUGGCAGGGUGAAGAGCAGGUUCUCCCACAAGUGAGGGCCUGCUGCUCGCUGUCUUAUCUCUUUUACCCACCUCGAUCCCGGCUCCUUUCCGGCCUUUUCCUUUUUCUCCCUAAUUCCUUUUCUUCGAAGC